GAGCUCGUCGGCUCUCCGAGGCUGCGCUGGCGAGGGCGGGUUCCGGGCGCCGCGCCCCGCGGCUUGCUGCCCGCGCGGAAGGGGGGGCGCCCGCCGCGGCCUUUUCGCCGCGGCAGGCCGUCAGCCCCGAUGUCCCAGCCGGGGUCGUCGGGCGUUCCCGAGGCCGGCCUGUCCAGCACCAACUCCCUAGGGAUCAUCACGGACAGCCCAUUUGGGCGGCGCGCGCCAGUCGAUGUCUACGUCCCGCAAGCGGAAGUCUUUCGUGACCACCGCGGCGAGCUACGUCUUCGAGAAAGAGUCGGACCGCCAGGACUCCAGGCCUCCCAGAUGAGGUGGCGACAUCGACAUUCGCGAUGUCACAGCCAUGCCAGGCAUGCCAAAUCAGAUCUCGCAAAUCGAUUCGGAGGAGCAAGAACAGUUUGAUCGACUCGCCUUCAUCAGCCCGCUCAUCAUGACAGAGUCCAACUGGUUUCGGAAGGUGUGGGAAUGCGUUCUAUUGCUUCAGCUGCUCUACAUCGGUAUCGUUUUCCCGUAUAAGAUAACAUUCAUCGAGUUCAGACUUCAUGCUCCUGGUGAUUGUGAGUUAUCCGCAAGGUCAACUCGCGAAGAAAGUUUUGAUGUAUUCAUUACUAUAUUUUUCUGGAUCGACCUAUUCCUGAAUUUCGUCCUCACCUACCGCGGGAAGGACAACGUCGAGAUUGUGGCGCCCUCCAGAAUCGCAAGGCACUACCUCCGCGGCUACUUCGGCAUCAACCUCCUGGCCUGCCUUCCCAACGAGGUCUUCACGCCGCUGAUCGAGGCGAUGGACAUAGAUCCGGGCGGCUGCUCCUUCGAGGGAACCACCAACAGCGCGGUCCGCCUGGCCCGGCUGCAGAGGGUGACGCGGCUGGCGCGGCUGGCGCGGCUCCUCCGCAUCGUCAAGAUCCUGUCCUUCCUCCAGAAGUCUGCGGUGAUUCAGCUGCUGAAGGUGUUGCGGAGCCUGCGCCUCCUGAACUGGAUCACCUGCCUGGGCUGGGUCGUGCACCUUCUUGCCUGCGGCUGGUACCUUGUCGCCGCGCUGCACGAAAAUCACCUGGAGACGUGGCCGAACCGGAGGUCAGUUUCCAUUGACGAGUCCACGCUCUUCUCUGCGUCUUCCCCCGUCCAGUGGGUCCACUCCAUGUAUUUCAUCCUCACCGUGUUCACCACGGUCGGGUUCGGCGACAUGUACCCCGUUACUGUGGGCGAGAUCUUGUAUGUAGUAUUCGUCAUGAUGAUCGGCGCCGUCGUGCACAGCAUUAUCAUCAGCGAGGUGAUCAAUCUUGUCAGUGAAGUGGACGAGGACACCAGGUGGAAGAGGAACAAGAUGAGCCUGCUGGAGGCGUACAGCAGUCACACGCAGCUGGACCGCGACACCGUGAGCAGGCUCACCAGCUGGGUGGACGCCCUGCCGUCAGGGAGGAGCACGUUCGAUCCAGAGGACAUGCGCAGGCUCCUCACAAGCGGUGUGAUGCCGCGCUCGCUGAUCGGGGAUCUCCCCGAUCGGCUGUUCGACGGGCAGCUGGCCAGGAACAAGUUCAUGACCACCUGCGCCAUCAGCUGCACGGGGGGCAUCAUGCCGCCGCGCUUCCCGCUGCUCAUGUCGACUGUGCUCUGCCAGCGGCCGUACAAGGCUGGGGAGCUGGUAUACGAGCUGCACGACCAUGCCUUCAACCUCUUUCUCGUGAUGUCUGGCACUUUCGCCUACGUCUGUGAGGUCACCGGCGCUGGUGCCGUGGACGCCGCGAAGGAGCCCGAGCAUUUCGUGGAGAGCAACAGCGCCUUCAAAGCCGGAGGGAAAGGCUCGGGGAUCAAGCUGCCGGGCAUGGCAUGGACACCGUCGGAGAAGCACAGUGCGGAGAGCAUCGCGGGCACUCAUGCGACGGCGUCGAGGUCCGGGCUGGAGUACCACCAGGCGGCCGACGGUGGGAGGCUUGCUGUCAUAAACCCCUGGGAGAACAUGCGGUCGUACAGCAGCCCCUGCGCCAGAGGCAGCGUAUACUCCGCUCUCGGCCAGAGCAGGGGGGCGUGGACCCCGGACAGCUCGAAGGCAAGGGAGUGGUUGCAGAUCAACUUGGGCAGCGUGAAGGGCGCGUGCGGCGUCGUCGUCCAGGGGCACCCGAAGAGGGACGAGUGGGUGACGAGGCUCAAGGUGUACGCGUCUUACGGCGGCGUGGAGGGGUGGCAGGAGGUGCCACUCGUGCAGGCGGUCCCCGGGCCGGCUACCCACCACGACGACAAGGUGGAGUUCCAGUUCCGGGAGCCCGUGGCGACCCAGUUCAUUCGCAUCGAGCCCCAGGAGUGUUACGGCCGAGCAUCCCUGCGGGCCGCGGUGCACGUGCUGCAGCAGCGGCUCCACCCCUACAAGGUCAUCGGCAAGAACGCCUACUUCGGGGAGGACAUCAUCACCGGGUCGAUCCGCACCGCCACCGUGCGGUGCGAGAAGGACGGCCACGUGAUGCUCCUGCACAAGCAGGACCUCGGCACCUCCGGGGACGCGCAGGGCGCCAGGCUCUUGGCGGAGUUCCCGCAGUUCCGGCGGGUGCUGAGGGCGGAGUGCCUCAGGCUCCAGGCGCGCCGAAAGCACAGGCUGCAGCACGUGAGGACGGGGCACCAGUACGAGUCCUAUGCCGCCUCGGCGUUGCAGGAGGCCUGGCGCGCGCGGGAGCGGCAGCGCAGCGGCGGUGGUCCUGCAGAGGCCCAGCCGCCCGCGGCGACGCCGGGGGAGCGCGGCCGGGGCGCGCCGCAGAAGGGGCCCGCGGCUGCGAAGUGCCUGGAGGGGGGCGGGGGCGACCAUAAGGCCAGGCAGCUCGUCGCGGACAUCGAGGCGCUCCGGGCGGACGUCGAGAGGAACUUCGGGGCCGUCAACGCCACGCUCGAGAGGCUCGAGAGGCUGGUCGUCGCCCUGCCCCAGCAGGGCGGCGCCCCGUCGGUCUAGCCGGCCGCGGGUCGCACGCGCUCGGCGUGAGCUGCGCGGGGGCCGCCAGCGUGGGGCGGCGGGCGGCGGAGCAGCGCCCCUGUUGGCCACCGCGACCUCCUGCCUGCGGGUCCCUGAGACCCUGGCGGCUCGAGCUGUUCGAGCCGCACGCAUUCGCCCAGUGUCGGGCCUCGGAACCCGCACAAAUGGAUCGGGCAGAAAGAUGGGGUGCGCUCCAGUCGUGAUUUUUCACGAUGCUCCAAUUUUUAAAAGACGGCGGAUCUCAGGGUCUGUCUUGCACCGCCUCGGUGAGCGCGUCUCCCUGUCCUGCUGUCUUAAUUUUCUUAUCACCGCAAGAAACAAUAAGCUGUGGCGACGGUGCCGCCUCAAAUUCCCCGGAUGUGAGUCUUGAAAUGAAUGUCCCUCGUUAUGGCGACGGCGCCUUUGGCGAUCCACUAGGCACUACACUUGCACAAAGUGCCCUCCGUGCGCUAUCGAGAUUCGGCAGUGGACUGGCGGAAGAAUUGCUCUCCAGCGAACUCACAAGUCUCGCACUGCUUCCUUCGGCGGCGGUGGCAUUGGACAUAGCUUCCC